GGAAUCUUAAGUCAAUGGAACACCAUCGGGAACAAACGCAUUGGGAAUUUUCAUUUCUUAACUUAACUUAAGUUUACUUUGCUUUUACUUUUACUUUUAAUUUUACUUUAAUUCAAUUCUAUUCUUAUUGCUUUAGUCUAUCUACACCUUGGCUUGCCUCAUCGUAGUGUCGAGUCAUUAAUAUAUAAUUCAAUUAGUUAAUUCAAUUCAAUCAAAUUCAUUUCACUAAUUCUAUAAAUAUCCCAUAUAAUGUCAUCUGCUAAUAAAAGAAUCGCUUUACCAGCUAGAGUUGAACCUAAAGUUUUCUUUGCCAAUGAAAGAACUUUCCUUUCAUGGUUAAAUUUCACUGUUAUCUUAGGAUCUUUAGGUGUUGGUUUAUUAAAUUUCGGUGAUUCUGUUGGUAGAAUUUCUGCUGGUUUAUUCACUUUUAUUGCCAUGUUAACUAUGAUUUAUGCUUUAGUUACUUACCAUUGGAGAGCUAAAGCUAUCAGAUUAAGAGGUUCUGGUCCUUAUGAUGAUAGAUUUGGUCCAACCAUGUUAUGUUUCUUCUUAUUAAUUGCUGUUGUCGUCAAUUUUGUUUUAAGAAUUAGAUCCUAAACGACGAACCAAAAAAUAUCUUCUAUAUCAUCGUGACUAACUUAUUAGAAUCAGUCAAUGUUAUGAAUCCAUACUCUUCAUAUGUCAUUCUUCAUAAUAAUGUAUCAUAAAAAACUUUAAAUAAUUAACUAAUUACAUUCAAUACAUAAGUACUUUUAUUAGUAACUACUUU